AUGGGGGGUGAUAGUAAUUGUGGGUUUCGGACCGUGUCCGGUUUACUUGGUAAAGGAAAGGAGAAUCACAAUGUUGUGCACCAAACACUUAUUUUGAAGUUGAUGGUGCACAGGGAACUUUACACACGACUAUAUGGGAAAAAGGAAGAAUCCCAUAAAAUUCACAAUGCUCUUGUUCCAUGUGUUAGCGGUUCCGUACCAGUUGGAAAGUGUGUAUGCUUCCCUAAAGUGGGUCAUCUUAUAGUAAGUGCAUAUGACAGGGUGUGUAUUGAUCUAACGAGAUAUGGUUUUUCGGAGACAUUUUUCCAACUUUGGAGUCGCCCAUCUCAAGACCCAUCUGGACACAUCAUUUGUAUUGGGUAUAUUAGAUCACUCCAUUUUGUUAGGGUUUAUUUGAAACUGGGGUGUCCUAUUCCGGCUACAUCAGUGGAGUGGACGACACAUUUUGCAAAAGAGGCGGAAACUUGGUCGGAUCACUUUUUGGAAAUGAUGACAGAGUUCACCAAAUUGUCGGAGCUUGAGAGAGAAUCAAAUAGGAAGAAGUCAAAGAAAGAACCAGUUUUAGAUUUAAGUAGUGAUAAUUCGUUCGGUGCAUUUUAA